AUGACAGUGUUUGAGAACUGUACUGUGGUGUUAGAUGUGAAGAACCUGCCUUUUAAAGAGAAGAAUAAACUGAGAUUAGCUCUUCUGGAGAAUGGAGGAAACAUCUCAUAUGUCAUCAAUAAAGAGGUCAAUCCCAAGACUUUGUCUGUUCUGGAGCUGCAGAGUGCCAAAGGCCGAGCAGGCCAGCAGUAUCGUGUGUUGUGUUCAGUCUUGCAUGAAGCUGAGUCCGCAGUGGUUCAGGACAAGCUGGUGUUCUGCGUGAUGUCUGAAGAUGCUGUGGAAGCGUAUCUACAGCUGAUGAAGGAGAUGGAGACAGAGGGAUUCACAAAGACACACACAUUUUCCCCGGAGGUUGAGCGCUUGGCAUCCUACAGCCUGCAGCAGCUGCUGUUGGAGGAGAAGCUGAACUGCAGCACCGUGUCACAGGAAGUUGGUGUCUUUGUGGAGCUGGUUUGGACUGAAGCUCUCGGUUCCCUUUAUAACAUCCUGACAGUCCCUGUCUCCAGAAUCAGCCUCAAUGAUGUGAGCAGGGUGGAGGGAUUGUUACUGCAGGCACAAAAGACUGAGAAAGAGGAUGAAGUCAAAGCCCUGCUGGAGGAGGUCAACACUCUUCUGCCCCUCAGAAUGAUCGACCCUCCUUCCAAACACAAGCUUGUGUCUCAGAAACUGGACCUUUGUCAGCUGAUCAGAGAUAUUGUAAAUGUGAGUGAGGCCACCCUGGGAAGCCCCUCAUCGUCGUCUCUGGGGAAGUAUCGGGCUCUGAGGUGCAGCAUUGAGGUUGUUCCACCACAAAACCCUGAGUUUCAUGUUGUCUCUCAACUGCUUCAGGACAGGCCUUUCCAGAUUCAGCAGAUACUGCGUGUCAACAGAGGAGUGGAGUGUCAGAUAUUUAGGGAGAAUUUAGGCAACAUUAAACCCCUCCUCCACUCCACUAGUCCCAGCAGUUUUGUUGGAAUACUGUCACGAGGUCUGCUGCUGCCCAGGGUUGGAGUCGAACAGCAUGGAAUUGAGAGAACAGAUAUCGGGAAUCUCGGAGGAGGAAUCUACUUCAGUGACUCUCUGAAGACUUGUGUGAAAUACUCCAAGCCCAGUGUGACUGACGGCUCUCGGCUGCUGUUGGUGUGUGAAGUGGCAUUGGGUCGGUGUAAGGACCUGCUGAAGAAAGACAGCACUUUGACUUGUGCUCCUGACGGUUACCACAGUGUACACGGAGUCCAACGCUCUCCAAACAGACUCUCUGAAUUUGAGGAUGAUGAGUUUGUCGUCUAUAAUACAGAGCAGAUCAGACUGAAGUAUGUGGUACAGUACAGUCUGGAGGGAGACGAGUUAAAAGAGUUCCAGCCUCAAAUCAACACUCAGCUCACACAGCUAACAGACACAACACCUGAAAUCUGUGUUUUGUGCCAAUGUGUUUCUUUAGUGCCCGGUGAUGACAGUGAGGAUUUGGAGUCCAUUAAGAAUCCUCUGGAGGAGAUGAUCGCAGGUUUACUGGACAGCAGUGGUCAGAAACUUCCUCUACAGGCUGUCAAUGUGAGGUGCAAGCUGAUGGACCUGCUGUGUCAGGUCAUCGUAUUCCAGACUUACACAAACCAGAGUGCUGUUCCCAUUGAAGCAAAGUAUGUCUUUCCACUGGAAGAGACGGCAGCGGUGUGUGGAUUUGAAGCCUUUAUCAAUGGAAAACAUGGCAUUGGAAAGGUAAAGGAAAAGGAGCAGGCUCGUAAAGAGUACAAGCAAGCCAUAGAGAAAGGCCAUGGAGCGUACCUGAUGGACCAGGAUGCACCUGAUGUAUUUACCAUCAGUGUGGGGAAUCUUCCUCCUGGAGCCACAGUUUUGAUCAAGGUGACGUUCAUCACUGAGCUGCUGGUCAGAGCAGGCUCUAUAGUCUUCUCACUGUCUGGCAGCGUGGCACCAUGGGAACAGAGAGCCGCCCUUUAUCAGACAACUCAGGCCACUGUUGAAAAGAUUGGUGUGACAGAGCUUCAUUCAGAAGGGGAGUUUUCUCUGUCUAUGUCCAUUGAAAUGCCUUAUGAGAUUAUCAACUUAAGCUCUUCACACCGCAUCAAAACCAAGAGGACAGACUGUAAGGCAGUGAUCAGCACGUUACCGGGACAGACUUUGGGAUCUGAAGGGUUACAGGUGUCCUUCAGUCUUUCUAAUAUCCACAUGCCCAGAAUGUGGGUCGAGAACCAUCCAGAUAAACAUAGUCAGGCCUGCAUGCUGGUGUUUUAUCCAGACUUUAAGUCAAGCGGGGUGUCCGGCUCUGCAGGUCCCUCUAAUGUGAGCGAUGUGGUCAUUCUACUGGACUCCUCCAAGUCCAUGCAGGGAGACACCAUGCUGAACGCCCGCAGGAUUGCCCUUCAUGUCCUCAGAUCUCUGGACCGCUCAGUGAAGAUCAACAUCAUCUCUUUCAGCACUGAUUACAGGGAAGCUUUUCCUGCACCAGUGGGUUUAGAUGAGGCAUCUGAAGCAGCCAGGAAAUUUAUUAUGUCAUGUGGCGGCUCUGGUGGUGGCACUGAUCUGUGGCGGCCUCUCCGGAGUCUGAGUCUGCUGCCUCCCUCCCGGGGCGUGAGGAACAUCCUGCUGCUCUCUGAUGGACAUGUUCAGAACCAGCCUCUGACCCUACAGCUGGUCCGAGAAAACUCCUGCCACACGCGCCUCUUCACCUGCGGACUCAGCUUGACAGCUAAUCGUCAUAUGCUCAGAGCUUUGGCUCAGGCAGGUGGAGGAACAUAUGAGUUUUUUGACACAAAGAUGAAACACACUUGGACAGAGAAGGUGCGGGCUCAGGUUCGGCGUAUGGAUUCUCCAGGCUGCAGAUCAGUGGCAGUGAAGUGGCAGCAGUUUAAUCCCACAGCGUCCCGUCCUGUUCAAGCCCCCUCACAGCUUCACGCUCUCUUCACUGACUGUCACACUCUCGUUUACGGAUUUGUGCCACACUGCACUCAGGCCACACUGUUUGGUGAUUUGAGUGGACAAGAGAUCAAAACAAUGGUUUCCACCACAGAACUGCAAAAGACAAAGGGAACUUUUCUUCACAAGUUAACAGCAAGAGCGAUUAUCAGAGACUAUGAAGAUGGCAUUCUAGCUAACAGUGAGGCAGAACACGAGGAGAAGAAAGCAGAGCUGAAGUCCUACAUCAUUGAGCUCAGUAAAGAGUUCUCCAUCUUGUCCCAAUUCACAAGCUUUGUCGCCAUUGAAGAGAGGAAGCAGAAUGAGCUUGACAUCGGAUUCACAGAUAUUCCUAAAAUCAUAUCAGAGGAGGAUGUGGAUAUUUUGCCAUAUAUGGGCUGGACUGAAGAGAACCUGAAGGCUGUGCAUAUUAGUCACAGCCUUGAUUCCCAGACAGGCACGAAUAACGUAGCUGACCCGGUGGAUGAGCCUCCUCACUCUUAUUUUAGUAGAUCUGAAUCAGGGGAAUACAUGGACUAUGGACCUGUUUCCCAAAAAGAAAUCACUCCAAUAAUUUCCCCCAAGAGUUCUACCUUUUCCUGUUCCACAGAGAACUACACUGAGCUUGACACCUCAAGUCAUGUUCUCUUUACAGAUCCUCCUCUUUGUCACAUAUUUCAGCCAUGCUUUUGCAUGGCUUCAAGCCUUCCUAUUUCUCGCAGUCGCAGGAUGGAGGAUUUUUCCAGGAGGCAAAGGGCUGGUUACCCCAUUGUCUUCGAUCAACCUUUGUUGUCUGCAACACCCUCUCUCCCUGAAUCUGGUGGCUUUGGUGGUCUCCUCAAAAGUACAAAUGGGCAUUUUGGUUUUGGUUCCACAGCUACUGGACUCUUUGGAGCAUCUCUAAAACAGCAGCAAAAGGCACAAAAAGGACCACAACAACGAAUAGCCGCUCUGUCUUCUGAAGCUGUUUUUAGCUUUAGAGCAUCUCGGCAACAACAAAUGUUUGGAGAGAAUUUGAGUCUGUCGCUCCUGGGGAAACCGAUAAGCAGACCAGUGGCCUGGAAUGAGCUGUUUGAACUUCAGCAUGAGGAUGGAUACUGGGAGUGCACUGACAGGCUGAGCAGGUUCCUCAACCUGGACGUGGACUUUUUCACAAAUGUCUUCCUUCAGGAGAAAGGCAUCCGUUCUUUUGGUGUGAAGGCUCAUGCUGAAAUUCUGAGGCUGGUAGCGACUCUGCUGGUAUUGCAGCUGAUCCGGGUGAAGCAGCUAGAAGUGGGACGGCUGCUCGAGUCUCUCCUCCGACUAAAAGAGUCCCAGGAGCCCAGACCGAUGUACUGGGAGGCAGUGAAGAGGGCCGUGGACUGGGCCUGUCGGACAGACAGACAGUAUCCGUGUGUGUGCAGCAGGCUGGAGAUCGGCUGGGAUUGGGAAUCAUCUACUCGUCAACUACUGGGCUGUGAUCCUCCACCCCCAUAUUCCCCACUCAAACCUGUCCUGGAGAGGCGUAUGGAUGUAUCAGUCAUGUAGAAACUUUACAAAAACAUUCCUUUUCAUUGACAGUUGUUGCUUCACUUGGUGUUAGCUUAAUA